GAUAUGGAAGCCAUGGAAACUGAUUGUGUACAACAUGGUUACAGUGAUGAGGUACAAGUAGUAAUUCAGUCUAUACCCAAGAGAGAUGAUCCAGAUGGCUCCAGGUCAGGACAUAAUUUAGAUGAUCCUUGCAUUGAGUCCCAGGACUCUGGUGAGGCUUGCCUGGAAGAUGAAAUGAUGGAUGAUGAACAAGAAUCAUGCCCUUCCUCGCAGCAUUCUCCAACUCCACACCCUUCACAUCUUCAUUCGCACCACGUUCACCUCUUGUCCUCGUUCUUGGGAGAAAAUGGAGACGCUACUAUUGUACCAUUAACUACAGUGGGCAACUGGGCCCAGGAACACUGUCUACUCCAUCAACUCAGAGUGAUACCGAUUCAGACUGCUGUGCUGGAGUGAACAGUGUAUACAAGAACAGUAUGGAGCUACCUGAGCAAUCAGCAGAAAUCAAACAGGCUGUAGCAAGCAUUGCAAUUGAACCUAAAGAGGACAGUCAAAUAUCUGACACCCUGACAGAUGAAGUCAACAGGCAGAUCUGCUCACCGCAUCAUCCUAUGGAACGGGGAUCUCCUCUCAGAGACAACUCUAGCCCUAUGGUUUUAUACCAGCUGAAAGGUAGCACUCAGAUGUUAGUGAUAAACAGCACAAACCCAGGGCAACUGAAAGCCGUCCAUGUUCUUCCUCAAAGUCAGCUGCCAGACAACAAAAGUCAGUGUAUCCAGUUUAAUCCACCGGUCACCUCUGUGGAAAACCCAGCAAUACAACCAACUGAAGGUACUGACAUACUAAGUAGCAAAAUGUUGGGAAUUGGAGUGCAGAACGAGUGCAUGAUCUUCAUGGAUAAUACAAAUAGCCUUUCAUGUUGGGAUAAUCACACUUGUGAACAAGAAUGCUUACUGUACAACCUUCUGCUGAAGAAACCAGAAUUUAGCAUUGAGUUUAUACUGAGCUUCCAGGAAAAGCACAAUGGAGACCAGCUUGAUUCAGAAACAAACCACUUUAACCAGAAGCUGCAGCAUUUUCAACUCGCAAUGCUGCAAUGUGUACUAGUCUCUGGGUUCCUGGGAAAGCCACUGCCGAUGUCCAUGCCACAAAGCUCUGGCCUUAGUGUACAGCAGGGACAGACUGGUGGUACUCCAACAAUAAAGAUGGCUCAGCCUUUCUCUCAGCAUUGUGCCUCUCCAAUUCCCUUCCCAUCCAUCAGGCAUAACCUCACAAACCUACCACCUGGCUCUUCAAUGGCCCCAGCUCCAAGCAAUGGUAGUUUGGGGUAUACAAUGGUGCCUACAGAAUAUCUAACCCAGCUGCAACCAGCACCUUGUGCUCCUGUUGCUGAUAAUGGAAGUCUUGCCUCUGAGCCCAACAUCCAUGUAUCUUCCAAUAUUGCACUAGCAAGACUCCCAAUAAUUACAACAGACUCUAGGUCUAAAAAGCCUUGUAACUGCACCAAGUCCCAGUGCCUCAAACUGUACUGUGAUUGCUUUGCCAAUGGAGAAUUCUGCAGUAACUGUAAUUGCACCAACUGCUUCAACAACUUUGAGCAUGAAGCGGAGAGGUUCAAAGCUAUUAAGGCGUGUCUGGAUAGAAACCCAGAAGCCUUCAGGCCGAAGAUAGGAAAAGGAAUGCUAGGAGAAAUCAAACUUCGACACAACAAGGGCUGCAACUGCAAGCGUUCAGGAUGUCUGAAGAAUUAUUGUGAAUGCUACGAGGCAAAAAUAAUGUGCUCUUCUAUCUGCAAGUGCAUUGGGUGCAGGAAUUAUGAGGAAAGUCCUGAGAGGAGAACCUUGAUGAGCAUUCCUGACCCCGGUGAUGUGGGCCUCUGCCAGCCCUGGACUAAAUUCUAUCCUGACAUUUUCAGCUAUAGAAAGCAAGUCAAAGUGAAACAGGAAAGGCAUCCCUUUACCUUUGUUACCUGUGACGUGAUAGACGCAACAUGUGGCUGUCUCCUGGCCCAGGCAGAAGAGGCUGAAAAAGCCCAUCAUUCCCUCUCAGUUGCGGAGCACAUGAUUCUAGAGGAAUUUGGUCGAUGCUUAGCACAAAUCCUUCAUAAAUCCUAGCAUGGAAAU